AGACAUGCAAGUAUGCAACAAUCGUCUCUCCGAAUCUCCGUCCCUUUUGUUUUCCUCCCCAACCCGAACAAACCCGUCGUCUCCGAUCGGACCACAAAAUAAAUCAAGUUUUCAGCCUCUGCGCUUCUUGCAGCGGGUAAAAAAUGUUUCCCCAGCUUUCUUACUUCCUCGUUUUCGUCCUCUCCUCUUCUCUCAUUCUUUCCAAGGCUUCUUCCGAAUCAGAUUCCGACCGAGUCACCGAGCUCUUGCGCCUCCAGUCUCGAUCGAAAUCUGGCGUAAUUCAUCUCGACGACCACAGCCUCGAUCGCUUCUUAACCUCCGCGAAAUCUAGGUCGUACUCUCUCGUCAUUUUCUUCGACGCCGUUCAACUCCACGACAAGCACGACCUCCAUCUCCAAGACCUCCUCAACGAAUUUGGCCUCGUUGCUUCCGCUUUUAUUGCCAACAACAAGGACACCCCCGCCCAAUCGAAGCUUUUUUUCUGCGACAUCGAAUUCACAGAAUCCCAGUCAAGCUUCGCCCUCUUCGGCAUUAAGUUCCUCCCUCACGUCCGCCAUGUGGGUCCUCAGAUCGAGAACCUCAAGGAUUCCGAGCCAAUGGACCAAAGUGAAUUCUCCAGAAUGGCUGCAUCCACGGCUGCGUCCAUGGCCGAUUUCGUCGAGUCCAAAACGAGGCUCAAGGUGGGACCCAUCAAACGCCCUCCGAUUCUCUCCAACAAACAACUAGGGUUCUUGGGUGUUGUGUUGGUGAUAUCGAUUCCGUUCCUUGUGAAAAGGGUUGUCGCCGGGGACACCUUCGUUCAUGAUUCAAAGCUGUGGCUGACGUUUGCUGUGUUCGUUUACUUCUUCAGUGUUUCUGGCACAAUGCACAAUAUAAUUCGGAAGAUGCCUAUGUUCUUGGCUGACGAGAAGGAUCCAUCACAACCCAUAUUCUUCUAUCAGGGGUCGGAACUGCAACUCGGAGUAGAGGGGUUUGCAGUUGGAUUCCUGUAUACGAUCGUAGGAUUGUUGUUGGCAUUCGUGACACAUCUGCUUGUUCAGGUGAGGAACGUGCAGGUCCAGAGGGUGUUUAUGCUUUUGACGCUUUUGGUUUCGUUUUGGGCUGUCAAGGAGGUUAUAUAUUUGGACAACUGGAAGACGGGAUAUAGAAUUCAUGGGUUCUGGCCUAAUAGCUGGAAAUGAGAUUGCAGUCGAUUGAGUCCGUUAAUUUUGUGUUAGUUGGAACUUUGAAGUAAGCUCAACUCGUUUUGAGUUUCUGAUACUGCAAUUAAAAACUCCAUUAGAGGUUUUAUUCCUCGUAAAGGAAAUUUUUGUUAUGUUUUGCAUUCUUGAAUCUGCCAGAAACAUGUACUAUUCCCUGAGUUUUGGAUGUUGCAAUUAUUGUUGAAUUUCCAGAAAUGCUCUCGGAUUGUUGGGCUUCUCCUUGAAUUCCUCCCAAGUCUUAUCAUC